CGCCGGCUCCGGCCCGGCCCGCGGAGCCAUGGCCGAUGGGGGCGAAGGCGAGGACGAGAUCCAGUUCCUGCGCACGGAUGACGAGGUGGUCCUGCAGUGCACUGCCACCAUUCACAAAGAGCAGCAGAAGCUGUGCUUGGCGGCUGAAGGCUUUGGCAACAGACUGUGCUUUUUGGAGUCCACGUCCAAUUCCAAGAAUGUCCCCCCAGACCUGUCCAUCUGCACCUUUGUCCUGGACCAGUCCCUGUCCGUGCGGGCCCUGCAAGAGAUGCUGGCCAACACCAUGGAGAAAUCGGAAGGGAAAUUCAUGAUGAAGACAGCUCAGGGUGGUGGCCAUCGGACCCUCCUCUAUGGACACGCCAUAUUGCUCCGCCACUCCUACAGUGGCAUGUAUUUGUGCUGUCUGUCAACCUCCCGGUCCUCAACUGACAAGCUGGCUUUUGACGUGGGCUUGCAAGAGGAUACCACAGGUGAGGCGUGCUGGUGGACCAUCCACCCCGCCUCCAAGCAGCGGUCGGAAGGAGAGAAGGUCCGCGUGGGAGAUGACCUCAUCUUGGUCAGCGUGUCCUCGGAGAGGUACUUGCACUUGUCCUACGGCACCGGCUUGCACGUGGAUGCGGCCUUCCAGCAGACUCUGUGGAGCGUGGCCCCCAUCAGCUCAGGAAGCGAAGCUGCCCAAGGGUACCUCAUCGGUGGCGAUGUCCUCCGGCUGCUCCACGGCCACAUGGACGAGUGCCUCACUGUCCCCUCUGGAGAGCACGGGGAAGAGCAGAGGAGAACUGUCCAUUAUGAAGGUGGAGCUGUAUCUGUUCAUGCACGCUCCCUUUGGAGACUAGAGACGCUAAGAGUUGCGUGGAGCGGGAGCCACAUCCGAUGGGGCCAGCCCUUCCGGCUUCGUCACGUCACCACCGGCAGGUACUUAAGUCUCCUGGAGGACAAAAACCUGCUGCUCAUGGACAAAGAAAAAGCUGAUGUGAAAUCAACAGCAUUUACCUUCCGGUCUUCUAAGGAAAAAUUAGAUGUUGGAAUAAGAAAAGAAGUCGAUGGCAUGGGAACGUCAGAAAUAAAAUACGGGGACUCUGUCUGCUACAUUCAGCACGUCGACACAGGCCUGUGGCUCACCUACCAGUCUGUGGAUGUGAAAUCCGCAAGAAUGGGAUCCGUCCAGCGCAAGGCUAUUAUGCACCAUGAAGGGCACAUGGAUGAUGGCUUAAAUUUAUCCAGAUCUCAGCACGAAGAAUCUCGCACGGCUCGGGUCAUCCGCAGCACCGUCUUCCUCUUCAAUAGGUUUAUAAGGGGCCUCGAUGCUCUGAGCAAGAAAACCAAGGCACCCAGCGUAGACUUGCCCAUCGAGUCAGUAAGCCUGAGUCUGCAGGACCUCAUCGGCUACUUCCACCCCCCGGAUGAGCACCUGGAGCACGAGGACAAGCAGAACCGACUGCGAGCCCUAAAGAACCGGCAGAACCUCUUUCAGGAGGAGGGGGUGAUCAGCCUGGUGUUGGAGUGCAUCGACCGGCUGCACGUCUACAGCAGCGCCGCGCACUUUGCUGACGUGGCUGGGAGAGAAGCGGCCCAGUCCUGGAAGUCCAUUCUCAACUCUCUCUACGAGCUGCUGGCUGCCCUCAUUAGAGGAAAUCGCAAGAACUGUGCUCAGUUUUCUGGUUCCCUGGACUGGCUCAUCAGCAGACUGGAAAGACUAGAAGCUUCCUCAGGCAUUCUCGAAGUGCUACAUUGUGUGCUCGUGGAAAGCCCUGAAGCACUAAAUAUAAUUAAAGAAGGACACAUCAAAUCCAUCAUCUCACUUUUAGAUAAGCACGGAAGAAACCACAAAGUCCUGGAUGUCCUGUGCUCGCUUUGCGUGUGCCAUGGGGUCGCUGUGCGAUCGAACCAGCACCUCAUCUGUGACAAUCUCCUGCCAGGAAGAGACCUGUUGUUGCAGACCCGUCUGGUGAAUCAUGUCAGCAGCAUGAGGCCCAAUAUCUUCCUGGGCGUCAGCGAAGGAUCCGCUCAGUAUAAGAAAUGGUACUAUGAGCUCAUGGUGGACCACACGGAACCCUUUGUGACGGCCGAGGCCACCCACCUGCGGGUGGGCUGGGCUUCCACCGAGGGCUACUCCCCCUACCCCGGAGGGGGCGAGGAAUGGGGCGGCAACGGAGUGGGCGACGACCUCUUCUCCUACGGGUUCGACGGCCUUCAGCUCUGGGCAGGUUGCGUGGCCCGGACGGUCAGCUCCCCCAACCAGCACCUGCUGAGGACUGACGAUGUCAUCAGCUGCUGUUUGGAUCUGAGCGCCCCCAGCAUCUCCUUCCGCAUCAAUGGACAACCCGUUCAAGGGAUGUUUGAGAAUUUCAACAUUGACGGCCUCUUCUUUCCCGUGGUCAGCUUCUCUGCAGGCAUCAAGGUGCGUUUUCUGCUAGGAGGGCGACAUGGAGAAUUUAAAUUCCUCCCUCCACCCGGGUACGCGCCUUGUUAUGAAGCUGUUCUUCCAAAAGAAAAAUUGAAAGUGGAGCACAGCCGAGAAUACAAGCAAGAAAGGACGUACACGCGAGACCUGCUGGGCCCCACCGUCUCCCUCACCCAGGCCGCCUUCACCCCUGUUCCUGUGGACACCAGUCAGAUCGUUUUACCUCCUCACCUUGAAAGGAUCAGAGAAAAGCUGGCGGAGAAUAUCCAUGAGCUCUGGGUUAUGAAUAAAAUUGAACUUGGCUGGCAGUAUGGUCCGGUCAGAGAUGAUAAUAAGAGACAGCACCCGUGCCUGGUGGAGUUCUGCAAGCUGCCCGAACAGGAACGCAAUUACAAUUUGCAGAUGUCCCUUGAGACCCUGAAGACCUUGCUGGCUCUGGGGUGUCAUGUGGGGAUAGCAGAUGAACACGCGGAAGAAAAGGUGAAGAAGAUGAAGCUUCCCAAGAAUUACCAGCUGACGAGUGGUUACAAGCCCGCACCCAUGGACUUGAGCUUCAUAAAGCUCACCCCCUCUCAGGAAGCGAUGGUGGACAAGUUGGCAGAAAAUGCUCACAACGUGUGGGCCCGGGAUCGAAUCCGGCAGGGCUGGACAUACGGCAUUCAGCAGGAUGUAAAGAACAGGAGGAAUCCCCGCCUGGUGCCCUAUGCCCUCCUGGAUGACCGGACCAAAAAAUCCAACAAGGACAGCCUCCGGGAGGCGGUACGCACGUUGCUGGGCUACGGCUACAGCCUGGAGGCCCCGGAUCAGGACCACGCAGCCCGCAACGAGGCGGGCAGUGGCCCCGGCGAGCGGUUCCGCAUCUUCCGCGCGGAGAAGACGUAUGCUGUGCGCGCCGGGCGCUGGUACUUUGAGUUCGAGGCGGUGUCGGCCGGGGACAUGCGCGUGGGCUGGAGCCGGCCAGGCUGCCAGCCCGACCUGGAGCUCGGCUCUGACGAGCGCGCCUUCGCCUUCGACGGCUUCAAGGCCCAGCGGUGGCACCAGGGCAAUGAGCACUACGGCCGCGCGUGGCAGGCUGGGGAUGUGGUGGGCUGCAUGGUGGACAUGAACGAGCACACCAUGGUGUUCACACUCAACGGGGAGAUCCUGCUGGACGACUCGGGCUCUGAGUUGGCGUUCAAGGACUUCGACGUGGGUGAUGGAUUCAUUCCUGUGUGUAGCCUCGGAGUGGGACAGGUGGGCAGGAUGAACUUCGGAAAGGACGUCAGCACCUUGAAAUACUUCACCAUCUGUGGCUUGCAGGAGGGCUAUGAGCCAUUCGCCGUUAACACAAACAGGGACAUCACCAUGUGGCUGAGCAAGAGACUGCCUCAGUUUCUACAGGUUCCAUCCAACCAUGAGCACAUUGAGGUGACCAGGAUAGACGGCACCACGGACAGCUCCCCGUGCCUGAAGGUUACCCAGAAGUCCUUUGGCUCUCAGAACAGCACCUCAGACAUCAUGUUUUACCGCCUGAGCAUGCCCAUUGAGUGUGCUGAGGUUUUCUCCAAGACGGUGCCUGGGGGGCUCUCGGGCGCUGGCCUCUUUGUGCCUAAGAAUGAUCUGGAAGACUACGACACGGAUUCUGACUUUGAGGUUCUCAUGAAGACGGCUCACGGCCAUCUCGUGCCUGACCGCAUUGAUAAAGACAAAGAAGCCACAAAGUCUGAGUUUAAUAACCAUAAAGACUACGCUCAGGAAAAGCCCUCCCGCCUGAAACAAAGAUUUUUACUUAGAAGAACAAAGCCAGAUUACAGCACCAGCCAUUCUGCCAGGCUCACUGAAGACGUCCUGGCCGACGACCGGGAUGACUAUGAAUACCUCAUGAACACUUCCACGUAUUAUUACUCGGUGAGGAUCUUCCCUGGGCAGGAGCCCGCAAAUGUCUGGGUGGGCUGGAUCACGUCUGACUUCCACCAGCACGACCCUGGCUUUGAUUUGGAUAGAGUCCGGACAGUGACCGUCACACUGGGAGAUGAAAAGGGAAAAGUCCAUGAAAGCAUCAAACGCAGCAACUGCUACAUGGUGUGUGCAGGCGAGAGCAUGAGCCCCGGGCAAGGCCGUAACAACAACGGCUUGGAGAUCGGCUGUGUAGUGGACGCAGCCAGCGGGCUGCUCACGUUCAUUGCCAAUGGCAAGGAGCUGAGCACUUACUACCAGGUGGAGCCAAGCACAAAAUUAUUCCCCGCUGUGUUUGCACAAGCUACAAGCCCCAAUGUUUUCCAGUUUGAGUUGGGAAGAAUCAAGAAUGUGAUGCCUCUGUCGGCGGGCUUGUUCAAGAGCGAGCACAAAAACCCCGUGCCCCAGUGCCCCCCACGCCUGCACGUGCAGUUCCUGUCGCAUGUCCUGUGGAGCCGGAUGCCCAACCAGUUUUUGAAGGUGGAUGUGUCUCGCAUCAGUGAGCGUCAGGGCUGGCUGGUGCAGUGUUUGGACCCACUGCAGUUCAUGUCCCUCCACAUCCCUGAGGAGAACAGAUCUGUGGACAUCUUAGAGUUGACGGAGCAGGAGGAGUUGCUGCGAUUUCACUACCACACACUGCGGCUCUACUCGGCCGUGUGCGCCCUCGGAAACCACCGGGUGGCCCACGCGCUGUGCAGCCACGUGGACGAGCCUCAGCUGCUCUAUGCCAUCGAGAACAAGUACAUGCCUGGCCUGCUACGCACGGGCUACUACGACCUGCUGAUCGACAUCCACCUCAGCUCCUACGCCACCGCCAGGCUUAUGAUGAACAAUGAGUUCAUCGUCCCCAUGACGGAGGAGACAAAGACCAUCACGCUCUUCCCGGAUGAGAACAAGAGGCACGGGCUCCCCGGCAUCGGCCUGAGCACCUCACUCCGGCCCCGCAUGCGGUUCUCCUCGCCCAGCUUCGUCGGCGUCAGCAGUGAGUGCUACCAGUACAGCCCCGAGUUCCCGCUGGACAUCCUGAAGGCCAAGACCAUCCAGAUGCUGACGGAGGCGGUGGAGGAGGGCAGCCUCCACGCGCGCGACCCCGUUGGGGGGACCACAGAAUUCCUCUUUGUGCCCCUCAUCAAGCUCUUCUACACCCUGCUCAUCAUGGGACUCUUCCACAACGAGGACCUGAAGCACAUCCUGCAGCUGAUCGAGCCCCGGGUGUUCAAGGAAGCCGCCACUCUGGAGGAGGAUGGGGACCGGCAGGAGAAGGAGCUCAGUGCCGAGGACUCCAGGCUGGAAGGGGCGGGUGAAGACGAGGCCAAGGUGGGCAUGCGGCCCAAGGAGGGCCUCCUGCAGAUGAAGCUGCCUGAGCCGGUGAAACUGCAGAUGUGCCUCUUGCUUCAGUACCUCUGUGACUGCCAGGUCCGGCACCGGAUCGAAGCGAUCGUGGCCUUCUCAGAUGACUUUGUGGCCAAGCUCCAGGACAAUCAGCGUUUCCGCUACAACGAAGUGAUGCAGGCCUUAAACAUGUCAGCGGCACUCACGGCCAGGAAAACCAAGGAAUUCCGCUCACCCCCCCAAGAACAGAUCAACAUGCUCCUCAACUUCAAAGAUGACAAAAGUGAAUGUCCAUGUCCUGAAGAAAUCCGUGACCAACUCCUGGAUUUCCAUGAGGAUUUGAUGACACAUUGUGGAAUUGAGCUGGAUGAAGAUGGCUCUUUGGAUGGAAACAGUGACUUAACCAUCAGGGGACGUCUGUUGUCCCUGGUAGAAAAGGUGACAUACCUGAAGAAGAAGCAAGCAGAAAAGCCAGUGGCCAGUGACGCCACAAAGUCCUCCAGCCUCCAGCAGCUGAUUUCAGAGACCAUGGUUCGGUGGGCUCAGGAGUCUGUCAUCGAGGACCCGGAGUUGGUGAGGGCCAUGUUCGUGCUGCUGCACCGGCAGUAUGAUGGCAUUGGAGGCCUAGUCCGGGCCCUGCCUAAGACCUAUACCAUCAACGGGGUGUCUGUGGAGGACACCAUCAACCUGCUGGCCUCUCUCGGGCAGAUUCGUUCCCUGUUAAGCGUGAGGAUGGGCAGAGAGGAGGAGAAGCUGAUGAUUCGUGGAUUGGGAGAUAUCAUGAAUAACAAAGUGUUUUACCAACACCCUAACCUCAUGAGGGCCCUGGGUAUGCACGAGACGGUGAUGGAGGUCAUGGUGAACGUCCUGGGCGGGGGAGAGUCCAAGGAGAUCACCUUUCCCAAGAUGGUGGCCAAUUGUUGCCGUUUUCUCUGUUACUUCUGUCGUAUAAGUAGACAGAAUCAAAAAGCUAUGUUUGAUCAUCUCAGUUACUUACUGGAAAACAGCAGUGUUGGUCUUGCCUCCCCCGCCAUGAGAGGCUCCACCCCACUCGACGUGGCUGCAGCAUCGGUGAUGGAUAAUAACGAACUUGCCCUAGCCUUGCGUGAGCCGGAUCUAGAGAAGGUCGUGCGUUACCUGGCCGGCUGUGGGCUGCAGAGCUGCCAGAUGCUGGUGUCAAAGGGUUACCCGGACAUUGGCUGGAAUCCUGUAGAGGGAGAGCGAUACCUUGAUUUCCUCCGAUUUGCUGUCUUCUGCAAUGGGGAGAGUGUGGAAGAAAACGCAAAUGUCGUGGUGAGAUUGCUCAUCCGGAGGCCCGAGUGCUUUGGGCCUGCGUUGAGAGGGGAAGGUGGGAACGGACUCCUUGCUGCCAUGGAAGAAGCCAUAAAAAUAGCUGAGGACCCUUCCCGCGAUGGCCCCUCGCCUACAGGUGGCUCCAGCCGGACACUAGACAUAGAAGAGGAGGAAGAUGACACCAUCCACAUGGGGAAUGCAAUCAUGACGUUCUAUGCGGCCCUGAUCGACCUCUUAGGUCGCUGCGCCCCUGAGAUGCACUUGAUUCAUGCUGGAAAGGGAGAGGCCAUCAGAAUCAGGUCUAUUUUGAGAUCUCUCAUUCCACUGGGAGACCUGGUGGGUGUGAUUAGCAUCGCUUUUCAGAUGCCAACCAUCGCCAAAGAUGGGAAUGUGGUGGAACCUGACAUGUCCGCGGGGUUUUGCCCAGAUCACAAGGCAGCCAUGGUUUUGUUCCUUGACAGGGUCUAUGGGAUUGAGGUGCAAGACUUCCUCCUCCACCUCCUUGAGGUUGGCUUUCUGCCAGAUCUCCGGGCCGCCGCCUCUCUAGACACGGCCGCUCUGAGUGCUACAGACAUGGCCUUGGCCCUCAAUAGGUACCUUUGCACAGCUGUCCUACCUUUGUUAACCAGAUGUGCUCCUCUGUUCGCGGGCACGGAGCACCACGCCUCCCUCAUCGACUCGCUUCUUCACACUGUGUAUAGACUGUCCAAGGGCUGCUCCCUCACCAAAGCCCAGCGGGACUCCAUAGAAGUGUGCCUGCUCUCCAUUUGUGGCCAGUUGAGACCUUCUAUGAUGCAACACUUGCUCAGAAGACUCGUGUUUGAUGUCCCAUUAUUAAAUGAACAUGCAAAGAUGCCUCUGAAGCUGUUGACAAACCACUAUGAGAGAUGCUGGAAAUACUACUGCCUGCCCGGUGGCUGGGGCAAUUUCGGUACUACCUCAGAAGAAGAACUGCAUUUAUCACGAAAGCUGUUCUGGGGCAUCUUUGAUGCCUUGUCUCAAAAGAAAUAUGAACAAGAACUUUUCAAACUGGCGCUGCCUUGCCUGAGUGCCGUUGCAGGGGCUUUGCCUCCCGACUACAUGGAGUCAAACUAUGUGAAUCUGAUGGAAAAACAGUCGUCCAUGGAUUCUGAAGGGAACUUUAACCCCCAACCUGUUGAUACCUCAAAUAUUACAAUUCCUGAGAAGUUGGAAUACUUCAUUAACAAAUAUGCAGAGCAUUCUCAUGACAAAUGGUCCAUGGACAAGUUGGCAAAUGGAUGGAUUUAUGGAGAAAUAUAUUCAGACUCUUCAAAGGUUCAGCCAUUAAUGAAGCCUUAUAAACUAUUAUCGGAAAAGGAAAAAGAAAUUUAUCGCUGGCCAAUCAAAGAGUCUCUGAAAACCAUGCUGGCAUGGGGCUGGCGGGUGGCGAGGACCCGGGAGGGGGACAGCAUGGCGCUGUACAGCCGGACUCGCCGCAUCUCCCAGACGAGCCAGGUUUCUGUGGACACUGCCCAUGGUUACAGCCCCCGGGCCAUUGACAUGAGCAACGUCACACUCUCCAGAGAUCUGCAUGCUAUGGCAGAAAUGAUGGCUGAAAACUACCAUAAUAUAUGGGCAAAGAAAAAGAAAAUGGAGUUGGAAUCCAAAGGAGGCGGAAACCAUCCCCUGCUUGUGCCCUAUGACACGCUGACCGCCAAGGAGAAAGCCAAGGAUAGGGAGAAGGCACAGGACAUCCUCAAGUUCCUGCAGAUCAAUGGCUAUGCCGUGUCCAGAGGAUUCAAAGACCUGGAACUGGACACGCCUUCCAUCGAGAAGCGCUUUGCUUACAGUUUCCUCCAGCAGCUCAUUCGCUAUGUGGAUGAAGCUCAUCAGUAUAUCCUGGAGUUUGAUGGUGGCAGCAGAAGCAAAGGAGAACAUUUUCCUUAUGAACAGGAAAUCAAGUUCUUCGCCAAAGUUGUUCUUCCCUUAAUUGAUCAGUACUUCAAAAACCAUCGCCUGUACUUUCUGUCUGCAGCAAGCAGGCCUCUCUGCUCUGGAGGACACGCCUCCAACAAGGAGAAAGAGAUGGUGACUAGCCUAUUCUGCAAACUUGGAGUACUUGUCAGGCAUAGGAUUUCACUAUUUGGAAAUGAUGCCACAUCAAUUGUCAACUGUCUUCAUAUUUUGGGUCAGACAUUGGAUGCCAGGACUGUGAUGAAGACGGGCCUGGACAGUGUGAAGAGCGCUCUUCGAGCUUUCCUGGACAAUGCCGCCGAGGAUCUGGAGAAAACCAUAGAAAACCUCAAGCAGGGCCAGUUCACGCACACCCGGAACCAGCCCAAGGGGGUCACGCAGAUCAUCAACUACACCACCGUGGCGCUCCUGCCUAUGCUGUCCUCCUUAUUUGAGCAUAUCGGCCAGCACCAGUUUGGAGAAGAUCUGAUAUUGGAAGAUGUACAGGUGUCUUGCUACAGGAUUCUAACUAGCUUAUAUGCUUUGGGAACCAGCAAGAGUAUUUAUGUGGAGAGGCAGCGCUCGGCGCUGGGAGGCUGUCUGGCUGCUUUCGCUGGUGCCUUCCCGGUUGCAUUUCUGGAAACACAUCUGGACAAGCACAACAUCUACUCUAUCUACAACACCAAGUCCUCGCGCGAGAGAGCAGCUCUUAGUUUGCCGGCAAAUGUGGAAGACGUGUGUCCAAACAUACCAUCCCUGGAGAAGCUCAUGGAGGAGAUCGUGGAGCUGGCUGAAUCCGGCAUCCGCUACACCCAGAUGCCUCAUGUGAUGGAGGUGGUGCUGCCUAUGCUGUGCAGCUACAUGUCCCGGUGGUGGGAGCAUGGGCCUGAGAACAACCCCGAGAGGGCAGAGGCCUGCUGCACGGCCCUCAACUCCGAGCACAUGAACACGCUCCUCGGCAACAUCCUGAAGAUCAUCUACAACAACCUGGGCAUUGACGAGGGAGCCUGGAUGAAGAGGUUGGCAGUAUUCUCCCAGCCUAUCAUCAACAAAGUGAAACCUCAGCUCUUGAAAACACACUUCCUGCCAUUAAUGGAGAAACUGAAGAAGAAGGCGGCCAUGGUGGUCUCGGAGGAAGACCAUCUGAAAGCCGAGGCCAGAGGGGACAUGUCGGAGGCUGAGCUCCUCAUUCUCGAUGAGUUCACCACACUGGCCAGAGAUCUCUACGCCUUCUACCCUCUCUUGAUUCGAUUUGUGGACUAUAACAGAGCAAAAUGGCUGAAGGAACCUAACCCAGAAGCGGAGGAACUGUUCCGGAUGGUGGCCGAAGUCUUUAUCUACUGGUCCAAGUCCCAUAAUUUCAAAAGAGAAGAACAGAACUUCGUUGUGCAGAAUGAAAUCAACAACAUGUCUUUCCUUAUUACUGACACGAAAUCAAAGAUGUCCAAGGCAGCAGUUUCUGAUCAGGAGAGGAAGAAAAUGAAGCGCAAAGGGGACCGGUACUCCAUGCAGACAUCUCUCAUCGUGGCUGCUCUGAAGCGGUUGCUUCCUGUCGGCCUCAAUAUCUGCGCCCCUGGCGACCAAGAACUCAUAGCACUGGCCAAAAACCGGUUUAGUCUGAAAGACACCGAGGAUGAAGUACGAGACAUCAUCCGUACUAAUAUUCACUUACAAGGCAAGCUGGAGGAUCCUGCAAUCAGGUGGCAGAUGGCUCUCUACAAAGACUUGCCAAACAGGACCGAGGAUGCCUCAGAUCCAGAGAGGACAGUGGAGAGAGUGCUGGAUAUCGCAAAUGUACUUUUCCAUCUUGAACAGGUGGAGCAUCCUCAGAGAUCUAAAAAAGCCGUGUGGCACAAGCUCUUGUCUAAGCAGAGGAAAAGGGCAGUUGUGGCCUGCUUCCGGAUGGCUCCCUUGUACAACCUGCCAAGGCAUCGGGCUGUCAAUCUCUUUCUUCAGGGAUAUGAAAAGUCCUGGAUUGAGACAGAAGAGCAUUACUUUGAAGAUAAACUGAUUGAAGAUUUAGCUAAACCUGGAGCUGAGCCUCCAGAGGAAGAUGAAGGCACUAAGAGAGUUGACCCCCUGCAUCAGCUCAUCCUUCUGUUCAGCCGCACGGCUUUGACGGAGAAAUGCAAACUGGAGGAAGAUUUUUUAUAUAUGGCCUAUGCAGAUAUUAUGGCAAAGAGUUGUCAUGAUGAGGAAGAUGAUGAUGGAGAAGAGGAAGUGAAGAGCUUUGAAGUCACAGGAUCCCAGCGCAGCAAGGAAAAGGAAAUGGAAAAGCAGAAGCUCCUGUACCAGCAAGCCAGACUGCACGACCGGGGCGCGGCCGAGAUGGUCCUGCAGACCAUCAGUGCCAGCAAAGGUGACACUGGACCAAUGGUAGCUGCUACUCUGAAACUAGGAAUUGCAAUCUUAAACGGCGGCAAUUCCACAGUGCAACAGAAGAUGCUCGACUACCUGAAGGAGAAGAAGGACGUGGGUUUCUUCCAGAGCCUGGCAGGCCUGAUGCAGUCCUGCAGUGUCCUUGACCUAAAUGCAUUUGAGAGGCAAAACAAAGCUGAAGGCCUGGGCAUGGUGACAGAGGAAGGAUCAGGAGAGAAGGUGCUGCAGGAUGACGAGUUCACCUGUGAUCUCUUCCGCUUCCUGCAGCUGCUCUGUGAGGGACACAACUCAGAUUUUCAAAAUUAUCUGAGAACACAGACUGGCAACAAUAUGACGGUCAACAUCAUUAUCUCUACCGUGGACUAUCUCUUAAGGGUUCAGGAAUCCAUUAGUGAUUUCUAUUGGUAUUACUCUGGGAAAGAUGUCAUUGAUGAGCAGGGACAACGGAACUUCUCCAAAGCCAUUCAAGUAGCAAAACAAGUCUUUAACACUCUCACAGAGUAUAUUCAGGGGCCUUGCACGGGCAACCAGCAGAGCCUGGCACACAGCAGGCUGUGGGACGCAGUGGUGGGCUUCCUCCACGUCUUUGCCCACAUGCAGAUGAAGCUGUCGCAGGAUUCCAGCCAAAUCGAGCUGUUGAAGGAAUUAAUGGAUCUCCAGAAGGACAUGGUGGUCAUGUUGCUGUCCAUGUUAGAAGGUAACGUUGUCAAUGGGACGAUUGGCAAGCAGAUGGUCGAUAUGCUCGUGGAAUCUUCCAACAACGUGGAGAUGAUCCUGAAGUUUUUUGACAUGUUCUUAAAACUAAAAGACUUGACCUCUUCAGACACAUUUAAAGAGUACGACCCGGACGGCAAAGGUGUCAUUUCCAAAAGGGAUUUCCACAAAGCUAUGGAGAGCCACAAGCACUACACGCAGUCCGAAACCGAGUUCCUCUUGUCGUGUGCGGAGACCGACGAGAACGAGACCCUGGACUACGAGGAGUUUGUCAAGCGGUUUCACGAGCCGGCCAAGGACAUUGGCUUCAACGUCGCCGUGCUCUUGACCAACCUUUCCGAGCACAUGCCCAAUGACUCGAGGCUGCAGACGUUCCUGGAGCUGGCCGAAAGCGUGCUCAACUACUUCCAGCCCUUCCUGGGCCGCAUCGAGAUCAUGGGCAGUGCCAAGCGCAUUGAGCGGGUAUACUUCGAGAUCAGCGAGUCCAGCCGCACCCAGUGGGAGAAGCCCCAGGUGAAGGAGUCCAAGAGGCAGUUCAUCUUCGACGUGGUCAAUGAGGGCGGGGAGAAGGAGAAGAUGGAGCUCUUCGUGAAUUUCUGCGAGGACACCAUCUUCGAGAUGCAGCUGGCGGCCCAGAUCUCCGAGUCGGAUUUGAACGAGCGAUCGGCCAGUAAAGAGGAGGGUGACAAGGAGAGGCCGGAGGACGAGGGCCCCAGGAUGAGCUUCUUCUCCCUCUUGACCCUCAGGUCCGCCCUGCUGGCGCUCAGGUACAACGUGCUGACCCUGAUGCGCAUGCUCAGCCUGAAGAGCCUGAAGAAGCAGGUGAAGAAAGCCAAGAAGAUGACACUGGGGGACAUGUUGGCGGCCUUCUUCUCCUCCUACUGGGGUGUCUUCCUCACGCUCCUGCACUUCGUGGCCAGCGUCUGCAGGGGCUUCUUCCGCAUCGUGUGCAGCCUGCUGCUGGGGGGCAGCCUGGUCGAGGGGGCCAAGAAGAUCAAGGUGGCAGAGCUCCUGGCCAACAUGCCUGACCCCACGCAGGAUGAGGUGCGGGGGGACACGGAGGAUGGGGAGAGGCGGCCCCCGGAGACCGCGCUACCCUCUGAAGACCUCAUGGACCUGAAGGAGCUGACGGAGGAGAGCGAUCUCCUCUCCGACAUCUUCGGCUUAGACCUGAAGCGGGAAGGAGGGCAGUACAAGCUCAUCCCCCACAACCCCAACGCGGGUCUCGGCGACCUCAUGGCCAAUCCCACCCCCGUCCCCGACAUGCAGGAAAAGCUUCAGGAACAGAAGGCAAAAGAAGAAAAGGAAGAAAAAGAGGAAAUUAAAUCAGAACCUGAAAAGGCUGAAGGGGAAGAUGGAGAGAAAGAAGAAAAAGCCAAGGAGGACAAAGGCAAGCAGAAGCUGAGACAGCUUCACACGCACAGAUAUGGAGAGCCAGAGGUCCCGGAGUCGGCCUUCUGGAAGAAGAUCAUAGCGUACCAACAGAAACUGCUCAACUAUUUUGCUCGCAACUUUUACAACAUGAGAAUGCUGGCCUUGUUUGUUGCAUUUGCGAUCAAUUUCAUCUUGCUGUUUUAUAAGGUCUCCACUUCUUCUGUGGUUGAAGGAAAGGAGCUGCCCACUCGAAGCCCCAGUGAAAAUACCCACGUGGCCAUCAGCCUGGACAGCAGCACACCCCACAUCAUCACGGUCCACUAUGUCCUAGAGGAGAGCAGCGGUUACAUGGAGCCCACGCUGCGCAUCCUUGCCAUCCUCCAUACCGUUAUCUCCUUCUUCUGCAUCAUUGGAUACUACUGCUUGAAGGUCCCAUUGGUUAUUUUCAAGCGAGAGAAGGAAGUUGCCCGGAAAUUGGAAUUUGACGGGCUCUACAUCACAGAGCAGCCCUCAGAGGAUGACAUCAAGGGCCAGUGGGACAGGCUGGUCAUCAACACACAGUCAUUUCCCAACAACUACUGGGAUAAAUUUGUUAAAAGAAAGGUUAUGGAUAAGUACGGGGAGUUCUACGGCCGGGACAGGAUCAGCGAGCUGCUCGGCAUGGACAAGGCAGCAUUGGACUUCAGCGAUGCCAGGGAAAAGAAGAAGCCCAAGAAAGACAGCUCCCUGUCGGCCGUGCUGAACUCCAUUGAUGUGAAGUAUCAGAUGUGGAAACUGGGAGUUGUUUUCACAGACAAUUCCUUCCUCUACCUGGCCUGGUACAUGACUAUGUCCGUUCUUGGACACUACAACAACUUUUUUUUUGCUGCUCAUCUUCUCGACAUUGCUAUGGGCUUCAAGACCCUGAGAACCAUCCUCUCCUCUGUGACUCACAAUGGCAAGCAGCUCGUUCUGACCGUGGGCUUGUUAGCCGUUGUUGUGUACCUCUACACUGUGGUGGCAUUCAAUUUUUUCCGGAAGUUCUACAACAAAAGUGAAGAUGGAGACACCCCAGAUAUGAAAUGCGAUGAUAUGCUAACAUGUUACAUGUUCCACAUGUACGUGGGGGUCCGUGCUGGAGGGGGCAUUGGCGAUGAGAUUGAGGACCCUGCAGGUGACGAGUAUGAGAUCUACAGAAUCAUCUUCGACAUCACCUUCUUCUUCUUCGUCAUCGUCAUCCUCCUGGCCAUCAUACAAGGUUUAAUCAUCGAUGCUUUUGGAGAGCUGAGAGACCAGCAGGAGCAGGUCAAGGAGGACAUGGAGACCAAGUGCUUCAUCUGCGGCAUCGGCAACGAUUACUUUGACACAGUGCCACAUGGCUUCGAAACCCACACAUUACAGGAGCACAACUUGGCCAAUUACCUGUUUUUUCUGAUGUAUCUCAUAAACAAAGAUGAAACAGAACACACAGGUCAGGAAUCGUACGUCUGGAAGAUGUAUCAAGAGAGAUGUUGGGAGUUUUUCCCAGCUGGAGAUUGCUUCCGGAAACAAUAUGAAGACCAGCUAAAUUAAAAAUCUACCUUGACCACUUUGAAACUCCAAACAGAACUCUUUUUCCCUUCCUUCCUUCCUUCCUUCCUUCCUUCCUUCCUUCCUUCCUUUCUUCCUUCCUUCCUUCUUUCCUCCUUCUUCCUUCCCUCCCUCCCCCUUGGAAACAUCUUGCUGAUUCUGUUAUUUGCCAGUAGUCUGUGCUUUCUGGGAGCAUCAGAGCCAAUCUCUGAGGACUUGGCUGUUUUUUCCCACCACCUCGUGUAUUUUCUUUGAGAAACAAAGACCGAAGAAGAAUCUAAAUCCAUACAUGGACUACAUAGGAACUCUGGGAAGAGAACCACGGUGGACCGUCCCACGCCCAGACAGUCUCCAGGGACCUGGGAGGCUCCUGGGACUGAGGUCUUCCCUAGGGACCUUUCCAGCCCAGCGUGACAGCCACACUCACCCGGCCUCUUCAUUUCACCAUCUGGAAAGGAACUGUGUAAGGGUCCCGAGCACUGUGGCACUCAUCAGAGGGCCGUGGACAGACAGCAUCUGUGAAGGAGAAUAGUGCCUUACUAUAUGUGGGUUGAGCUAUGCAGAAGAUAUGUGCAUGAACAGACACCUUUUAUUUUCUUUAUGUCAGCCUUUGUUUUUUCACUUAGAUUGGUUUUUGUGAGUGGUUUUUUUUCCCCUUAUUUUUUUUUUCCUUUGGUGGGGAAAGGUAAGCAAAGCCUUUUGCACCUUUUUUUCCAAAAGGCAGUGGUAUGUGUCGGGAUGGAAGGAGGCUCUUCUGUUCAGCGACUUCAUAUCUGCCCUCCCCCAUCUGCUCCUGCUCUUUAUUUUGAUAACACUCUGAAAGCAGCUUCCUGAAAUCUUUGUAUGAAAUCAACAGUAACAACAGCAACAACAACAACAACAAAAAGAAAAAAAAAACGACUGCAAAAAAAAAUCAAAAACAACAGAAACCAAACAACCACACGCACACUUUCAAAAGAAAUAACUCAUUGCAUGUGUAUUAUGCAAGUUUAACCGAACCAAGAAACCUUCAGAAGCAGGUUGAGCAACGUAAGAGAAUGUUCAUGAUCAUUCUAGUGAUUGCGUGCCGUGGGUUCAUUUGUAUUCUCGGAGCCAAUGUCAUUAUCCAAUCACGUGACACCUUGUGCACCUGAGCGUGGUCUUGGGUGACCCUCUUUCUUUUGGCCACCUCCUAUCAGUGGGGAGAGCUCCUCCCCAGGUUUUUUUUCUUUCUUUUUUUCCCGUAUUUUUUUUUUCCUUUGAUAUCAAAGUUGAAGCAAUAGUCGUUCAGGGAUUUCAUCAGUUGCAUCAUGAAUCAUGAAUGAUUAUCGAAAUUGCUCCAUUUCUCUCUCUCUCUUUUCCCCCCUCCAUUUUGAGUCCUUUUAAAUGUAACGUUAAUCUUUACAAUUUAAAAAGACAGAUUCAGAAUGGAAGCAAAAUCAUUUUGCAAACAUUGGAGCUCUUUUAUUACUGGUCUGCUUGUUAAUUUUAGAAUUGUAA